CAACUCUUGCUAUGGAAUUUCCUCUUUUGAAAAAGUAUAGGAGUUGUGACAUUUUGCCGUGCAGCUGGUUUUCAGUUGCUUGGUAUCCAAUUUACCGAAUCCCCGUUGGACCAUCGCUCAAAAAUUCGGAAGCAUCAUUUAUAACUUUUCAUAAUUUGACAACUCACUUUCCAAGCCAAAAUCAACCAAAGAUGCAUGAAGAUGAACCCUUGAAAAUAGCUCUUCCCAUUUUUGGGCUUGCUACUUACAAGGUGAAACGCUCAAUUCUGCCUCUUCCUAAAGUAUCUGAAUCUCAACAAAUGAACUCUCUAGUGAAGGGUGCUGAGGAUUGGUUAAAGAAUUUGAAUCUCAAGAUGCAACACCAUGAUUACAUGCACUUUGUUAAUCAUGUAUAGUUAUUAAUGGAAAUCAUGCUUGGUACUCUUCUGCUAGGAAUAUAAAGUUUUUUUUGCCAUGCAUGAAACUUUCUUAAUUUCUAGUUACCAACUUUGUUCACCCUAUAGGGAGUUGUGGUGAUCAUAGAAUAUGUUAAUUAAUUUAUAUUAUAGUAUAUACAGAGUCCUUGAAAUAAAUGGCUGGUUAGCAAGGAAUCUGUUUAGGAAAUUAAGAUCUAGUGGUCCUAAAUUUUACUUUGUUUGGAGUUAAAUCAGUGACUGUAUCUUGUUAUAUUUACUAUAUAUGUGGUUAUUAUUGGUAUUUAAA